GCCGGUACAGAAACACACAUAGGUACUAAGAGGGACGUAAAGACAGAGGAGAACCAAGACAGACAGAAAGACAGGCUAGCUAAGUCACCAUGGCCCCACUCUGGGCACAGGCCUUCCUCCUGGUCACCAUGGCGAUGAUGGAUGUCCGGGGAACGGUGGAGAAGGAGCUCUCUCCAGAGUGCAGGGAGUUCCUGUACAUGGGGACGCCACCCGUGGGCCUGGAGGACCACUCGCUCCAGAAGAUCUGCCAGCGCUACAACAACAAGCCGCGUUACGUCACACUGUACGACACAGCCAACCACGUCCCCAUCUACUCAGCCUACACCUUCAAACGCUCCGACGGGGAGAAAAGGGUGGACGUGCCCUGGAUGUACGAGCCACAGUUGUCCACUGUUUCUGACACCAGGGAGAUGCAGGCGUUCCCACGUAGCUACAUGCACAGGAACUUUGAGGACGCCCAGGCCGUUCUGGACGACUACACCAACGCCGUCCUCUACGAACGUGGCCACCUCAACCCUGACGAGCACCAGGCCGACCCAGACGACAAGGCCUCCACCUACACUCUGACCAACGUGGUGCCCCAGGUCAGAGAGUUCAGUGCCGGCACCUGGAAAGAGCAGGAGCACGUGAUCCGCAAGCGCCUCAACAACUACUGCCGCGGCAUCGCCUACAUUGUCACCGGAAUCACCACCUCAGGGAACAUGAUCCGGCGCCAUAACAUUGACCGUGUGGCGGUCCCGACGUACCUGUGGUCGGCCUACUGUUGUACCGACUACGACCACAACGCGCCAUACGGUGAGCGCUACAAGUUCCCGGCGUUCGCCCACUACGCCCUCAAUGAGAAGGAGAACAACCAGGUCCUGGAGUUGUCCGUCAAGAAACUGGAGGAGUUCCUCCAGAGGUCCACCUUCGUGGACAAGAACUUCCAGAUCUUUGUGGACGACUGUGUCCCGCCUGCCUUUGCUCUGCAUUAGGUCCCCUGGUCUCUCAGUGGACUUGACCUCCCCAAACCACAAGACCUUACAUUUAAUUUACACUUCCUGCAAUGGAAACAAGUAGUCAACAAUAGCAGUCUUCUUAAAUUGCUGUUAUUGAUUGAUUGAUUAAUGUUUUUUUCCCUCUCCAAAUACUUUCUCCAAAGAUCAUGUAGACCCAAAUGAUGUUCCCAUCUAUGUCUGAUUAAAUAAAGUUCACCCAUCUUAAGACAUGCAAUUGAUAUAUUGUCAUAAAACGGGUUCUAUAAUAUGACCAAUACAUUAGUAAGGCACAUAUUCAGAGCAAC